AUUUCGUCGGCGUUCUUGCACACCACGACAAGCUCCAGCAUGAACUCGAUGCAAGGAAUCACGACAGUUGGGAUCGUUGGCGCUGGCGUGCUUGGAAGCGCCAUUGCGUUCGACCUGGCGAUGCGUGAUGUCAAGAUUUUGCUUUUUGAUCGCGACCCAGCAGUCACGACUCCGGAAGCCCUGCAGCACGCGAGCUAUGCUGUCUUGCAGCCGUUGUGGCGGCUUGGAUACAUUCCUCAGACGUUGGUCGGCAAUGCAUUCAAGAACAUCCGUGGCGUGCAUACGUUGGAAGAACUGGCGGCCCACGGUCCGCAGUUAAUCAUUGAAGCCAUUCCUGAAGACUUGACAUUGAAGAAGAAGCUCAUUCGAGAUCUGGAAGCGCGGACACCACCGACAACGAUCAUCGGCACGUCGACCAUCUCGUUGAACGUGAACGAGAUUGCUGCCGGCAGUCUCCGGCCAGCCAACUUUCUCGGCAUUCGGUUCAUGCUUCCGUGUGUCCUCAUUCCUUUUGUGGAGCUCGUGGCGUCUGCGAACACCGCAGUGGACACGAUGACUCGCGUCGAGAGCUACCUCAGUUCCAUCCACAAAAGCUGCACCGUGGGACCGACCCGUCGGGUCUUGAACAGGGCCGAUGUCAACACAUAUCAACUGGAGCACGCCAAGGCGCUGGGGUUCUAGCCCGACGCGCUCCCGAUGGCGCAACCCGUCAUGCCGGCGGGAGCUUCAGCCGGGCACACGUUGAAUCGACCUUCGAGCGUCUGCAAACUGUCAUUGUCUUUCCAUCCCAUGAACUCGCCACGACGUCGUGUGGCCAAGCAUGAUGCCGCUCGGCAUUACGAACUACCCGUCAUGUCGACUUAAAUCCACGGCAUCCACCCCUCGUACAUUUGGCACAGGUUGUCGACACUUGUAGCUUCUUGAAUCAGCCAUUGCACGUGCUCCUCUACUGUGUAGUGGGAAGCUUCGCCGUCGAGCUUGUCCUUGACGCGACGGAGCACUUGGAGGCCAAACACAUUACGUUCUUGAACUUGUUUGAGUUUGAGGGGUGCAGGAAUGCCGCCGCUGGGCUCGUCAUUGCUAUCGCUAUCAUCUUCAUCAUCGCUGCUGCUACUGCUGUCGCUGGAGUCGUCUGCGUUGGUGUUGGAGCGUUCGUGCGAUGACAACAACGUCGCUUGGUCGGCAAUUUCAAAAAAGAGCCGCACGACCGCUUCCAUGGCUUGUCGAAUCUCUCCAAGGCCGGUCGAAGCGUCCAGCGCAGAGUUGAGGCGAGCAACUGCAGUUAGUGCACCCACAGCUUUGUCGCCGGCGGUGGGUCCCACCGCCGCUGCGGAAUGGUUGUUGCCACUGUCCCAGCCAAUUUUGCCGCGAAUGACGGACGCCAUUGUCGUCGACGAGGAGCAAUCUAAAUCCGGGCACUCCUGCACAAAACGCCGGAAGGCUUGUACGACUGCGUUGUAAUUGUCUUCAAGAUUGGCACUCGUCGCUUCGUACGUGGACAUGACAUUUUGUAGGUCUCGGAGCUCAUCGACGUUUGUGCGCUUGAUACUCUUUGCAAGAAUCUUGACGAGGCGCUCACUGUCCCAGAUGACGGACAUGGUCUUGACGUGGUGCAGCAGGUCUGGCACUGCACGUUUGAGCGCCAUCACAUGACUCGAAACAUCCGGGAGCGAGUCUAAACGGCCAGUUAAGAGCGUUCGGAAGCGCUCAACCAGCAAAGUCGCAUACUCCAGGUCGUUCUGCAUGGCGUCGCGUUGCUGCGACUGGGCUUGUAACAAGCAGUGUCGUUCGUGCUGGCGGGUUGUAUGUGCUUUCCAUGCUACUUGAGCUUGCAGGAAUGCCGCCACAACGCGGAGGCCCUCGGCAUCGACCGCACGACACGUAUCGCUCUGGCUAUCGCGAAACGUCGACUCGACGUAUUCAAUCCACCGGCACGCCACAAACAGCGACUGCGUGUCGUGCUUGAUAUUCAACGCAUGCGACGCGAGUUCGCGAAUGCUGCUGUGAUCGUGCGGUGCCGCGGCAGCCAAGAGCGCCGUCGUGGUUGGUUCGAGCAAAGACUCGAUCGCUUGUUCGUGGCGAUGUAAGUUGUCCGUGGGAGGAAUCAAGGAAAGGAGUUGACUGCGAGCCACGCCGUCAUCAUCUUUCUUAGGUUGGACAUUCAGCCACGUCGACAAGACGUCAUGCUGAGCUGUCCAACUGGCCACGUCCUCGAUAAACGCAUUGUGUCGAUCGCAGGUUGCUUGGGAUCUGGACGUGGUAGCACAGGUGGCCAUGGCUCGAACUAGAUCGUCCAAGUCAAGGCUGGAAGCUACACGUGACAUGAUGUCCAGGUCGGUUGGAAUCCCUAUCGGCAUGGCAUGUUGCAAUUCGUCCAACACGACGUCCUGCGUGAUCUGAUCGUCCGCCGCUGGUUUGAAUUUCCAUUCUUGCACGCAUAUCGUGGUAUGGCAGAACGAGUUGAGGGCGUGGGAGGCCAGUGCCAGCACAGUGGCCGCUUGGUUUGACAGGUACGCUGCAGCUUGGUGAGGCUGUCGGUCUUGAAUAACCAUCC